AACUAUGAUUAAACAUUGUACAACUUUGAAAACGACCGGUCUUACUUUGUAAAUGAAAAUGGCGAAAAAAGUAUUCGUUGAUGGAAAUUUUAAAAUGUUACUAAAGCAUUUUUGUAUGGAAGGGACUGUGUUAGGGCUUAAGUAUUUUUAUUUGUAUCCAGAUAGAGUAUCAAGAUGCUUCUGGGCGGUAACACUGAUACUCAUAGUGAUGUUCGCGUGUUGCUUGACAUGGUUGCUAUACGGCCGCUUCAACGAGAUGCCGACUCGCAUCACCAUCGAGAACCAAUAUCAGUCCCUCGACGACCUUCCGUUCCCGGCCAUCACCAUCUGCUCGCCCAACCAGAUGACACUGAGCUCUAUGAGACACUUCAACAAAACCUUGAUCGAUGGCAACACUACAGUGAACCUGAAGAAAGCCCUCCCCCAACUGCUGGGUUACUAUUCGAGUGUCCCGGUUAUUGACGACGAGGAAUUGUGGCGCCUUCAGCGGCUCAUUGACGAAAACCGAUACACAGUACCUGAGGUAAUGGGACUAAUGCCCCAAAGCUGUGAGAAUUUUCUGAAGCGAUGCAUCUUCAAGCGGAAGAGGCGCCCGUGCAGCGAGCUGUUCCGUCCCAUCCUGACCAGGCAGGGGCUGUGCUGCGCGUUCAACAGCGUCUACUCGUUCAAAGACAAAAGACGGCAAGUAUCUUCGAACUCCUUGUGCUGUGAGAAGUUCCUGAAACUCUGCAUCUUCAAGCGGAAGAGGCGCCCGUGCAGCGAGCUGUUCCGUCCCAUCCUGUACAGGCAGGGGCUGUGCUGCGCGUUCAACAGCGUCUACUCGUUCAAAUAUAAAAGACGGCAAGUACCUGAGGUAAUGGGACUAAUGCCCCAAAGCUGUGAGAAUUUUCUGAAGCUAUGCAUCUUCAAGCGGAAGAGGCGCCCGUGCAGCGAGCUGUUCCGUCCCAUCCUGUACAGGCAGGGGCUGUGCUGCGCGUUCAACAGCGUCUACUCGUUCAAAGAUAAAAGACGGCAAAAAUUGUCCAGAAAUGAAAGAGAUCCACAAUUCAAGCCGCACAUGGCGACCACGGGGGGCAUCUACGACGGACUGCGAGUCGUGGUGGACUACGAGCCGGAGGACGCCUUGCCGAGGACCUUGUUCCACGUCGGCGCUAUCAGGGUAAUGUUUACGGACUGGACCGAGUUCCCUGCUGAUGACGAGACUAACCUGGUAUAUCCGCGCGUUGAGGCCUUCCUCACCAUCAGAGGGACCUACACCUACUGCUCGGAAGAGGUCACCAGCCUGCCUCCUAAUAGUCGCGAAUGCCUCUUCGAGCACGAGCGGCUGCUGCAAUCGUUCGUGGAUUACCACAACUCCGACUGCGACCACUUGUGCUACAUCCGAGCCGUGGAGACGCACUGCCAUUGCAAGCCUGUGUACGUGCCGCAUGUGGGCACACAGAAGUCCUGUGACGUCACUAAGAUACGAUGCAUCAGCAAGGUCCCAGACCUGUCAAACGAGGACGGCAGCAUGGACUGCAACUGUCCGAGAGACUGCGUAUCCAGGAUGUAUACCGUUGAUCUAAGCCUCGGCAACCUCAGAGCGCUGCCCCACAUGGUUUACAACCCUUAUUCUGAAAUCCAGUUCAACGAGAGCACGACCAUCCUGCAGUUCUUCUUUCCUACCUCCGUGUAUGUGAAGAAGAAACAAGAAACUGUUAUGUCGCUAAUUAGUUUGGUUUCAAACCUCGGCGGUAUAUUCGGCCUCUGUAUGGGCGUGAGCGCGGUGAGCUUGAUGGAGAUGCUAUUCUACACGCGCAAGGCUGUCGAGAAUUAUCUUAGGAAGAGGCUGCGGCGCGCCGUGGAAGACCAGAUGCGACAAUACAGGGGCCGUCAUUAUUGA